UGGACUGUAAGAAUGAAUUGUCUUUGAGGAUUUCCAGAAGAGUCAGACUUGGCAACACCCCCAGAAUGGCAACUCAUGGAUCAGCUACUAUGACGUUUUACAAUAUUUCCCAGACUCUCCUCAAACACAUAGUCCGUCAAUGGCCAGCUAACUGCCAAUGGGCUGGUUCUCUCGCCGUGUCCCACAAACUCCAUCGAUGUCGGGGCCUGUCGACAGACAGUCGGCCGCAGAUUAGUGAAAACUCAGUAGAAGUUUUUAGCCAUGUCUACCCACGAGAUGACAUGACCAAUGUGACAGCUAAAAUCUUGUCCAAGGUCGGCUGCCAGCUUCACAACCGGCCACACCACCCCCUGUGGCUUAUUAAAGAACGCAUCAAAGACCAUUUCUACCGCUCAUACGUCGGACGUACAGGAAACCCACUCUUCUCCGUACAUGACAAUCUCAGCCCGGUGGUGACGGUGGAGCAGAACUUCGACAGUCUGCUCAUUCCUCCAGACCAUCCCAGCAGGAAAAAAGGAGACAAUUACUACCUGAACCGCACACACAUGCUGCGGGCCCACACCUCCGCCCACCAGAAAGAGCUGGUGCGUUCAGGUCUGGACCGCUUCCUGCUGGCUGGAGAUGUGUAUAGACGAGAUGAGAUCGACUCCAGCCACUAUCCUGUCUUCCAUCAGAUGGAGGGAGUGCGACUUUUCUCAAACCAUGAGCUGUUUGCCCGAGUAGAGAAUGGCGAAGAGCUGUCUUUGUUUGAGAGCGGUGGCCGCCGCACACCUCAGAAGCAGGAGACGCACACGCUGGAGGCUGUCAAACUUGUGGAGUUCGAUCUGAAACAGGCUCUCACGCGCCUCAUGCGACACCUUUUUGGGGAAGAUUUGGAGAUCCGCUGGGUGGACUGCUACUUCCCUUUCACACAUCCCUCCUUUGAGAUGGAGGUGCGCUUCCAGGGCGACUGGUUGGAGGUGUUAGGCUGUGGGGUGAUGGAGCAGGAACUGGUCUGCUCAGCUGGUGCUGGGAAUAAGAUGGGCUGGGCUUUUGGUCUGGGGCUGGAGAGGUUGGCCAUGGUUCUGUUCGGCAUCCCUGACAUCCGGCUUUUCUGGAGCGAGGAUGAACGCUUCCUCAAGCAGUUCCGCCUGUCUGACAUCUAUCAGCCCGUCACCUUCCAGCCUCUCAGUAAGUACCCACCGCUCUUCAAUGACAUCUCUUUUUGGCUGCCGGCUGAAGGUUACACAGAAAACGACUUCUACGACCUGGUGCGCAGCAUCGGAGGAGACCUGGUGGAGAAGGUCACGCUGGUGGACGAGUUCACACACCCAAAGACAAACAGAGCGAGCCACUGUUACCGCGUCGCAUACCGUCACAUGGAGAGGACCCUGAGCCAGGAGGAAGUGCGUAUCAUCCACGCAGCCAUUGAGCAGGCAGCUGAAAAAGAACUGGGAGUGCAGGGAAGAUACUGAGCUUUCCCAACAACCAUCAUGAUGAUCUUCCACCUUUUAUGAUGAGGUUCACAGAUGCAGUCACAUCUCUCUACACUGUAAAAAAACAAUUUGUUGAUUCAACAAUUUGUUACCCGACUGCCUUAAAAUUUUAAGUUCAGUCAACUCAAAAAAAAGUUUAGUCAAUUUGAAGUGUUAAGUUGUACUAAGUAACAACUUAGAUAUUUAAGUUCAUUCAACUUAAAAUUUUAAGGCAGCUGGGUAACAAGCCUAGCUUUUAAGUUUAACAAACCAAAUUUGUUUAGUCAACUCAAAUAUCUAAGUUUUCACUUAGUACAACUUAACAUUUCAAGUUGACUAAACUUAUUUGAGUCUGGAGGGUAACAAAUUAUUUUAAGUUGACUCAACAAAUAGUUUUUUUGUUGUUUUUUUACAGUGUAUGGUGGUAAAUUAAAAUGUGGAAACUCUCAUCGACAACUGCACCUAUUUGGCGACUUCGUCUGUAGUUUCUUCUUUCACCCAAAAAUAAAAAUAAUGUUAUUAUUUACUCACCAACAUGUCUGUCUGAACUUAUAAGGAGAAUUUUGAAGAAUCUCUAUGUAGUUUUUUUUUUUUCCAAACGAACACAUCAUAAAAAGGGUAGUUCAGCUGAAAAUAAAAUUUCGGUCAUCAAUUAUCCACCCUUAUGCCAUUCCAAACUUGUACGACAUUUUUUUUGAAGAUGGUUGGUAACCAAACAGUUUUGGUGAUCAUUGAUUUCCACUGCAUUUACUAUUGACGUCCAUUGUGGUUUAAAAAAAGGAUAAAUGAUGACACAAUUUUUGUUUUUCGGCAAACCAUUCCUUUCAUAACUCAGUUUUUAUGCUGUAGAUGACUAUAUUUUGAUGCUUUUACAGAGAUUUUAUGGUAUGUUUUUGGAGCUUGACAGACGUGGUCGGUAUAAACUGUAAUUGCAAUAAAACACAAUACAGGUUUGAAAUGAGAAAUUACAGAACUGCGAAUUAGGAAUAAUCAAACCUUCAACAUCUGCAAAAUUUGUCCUUGAAAUCACCUUUGGGUCAUAAUAACCUCUUUAGGCCUGAUUGAUUCUUCCAUCUUCCCAGGCUGCCACUAGCUUUCUCAUGGUACAAACAGCCGGAUUUCACACAAAUAUCAAACAGGCCUUUUAUGCACCUGGAUCUGUGCCAGCCUGAUGAUUAGCAAGAAACAAGAGCUCUUAUUUCUACAUUUCUGUUUUCUUAAGGAAGAUAUGAGGUAGCCUGUAAUGAGCUGCUGCCCAGAAAUUACCAAGAUAAUGGAACGCUUCCUCAAAGUCACUCCACAGUAAAAUGGCAAGCGGGAGGCUAACAGGUCAUUGUUUGUGGUAGCAAAUAAAAGCGUGUUGAGGUGUAAUUGUGUCACUGUGCCUUUUAUUUAUAUGUAUAUAUAUAACACAAACUGGGUAGUACUCCAAUACUUAAAGCCUCAUUAACACUGCAGAUUUUUGGGAGUUACUAAAUUUAUUUGCGAUAACAUUUGGGGUCAAUACGAUUUUUUAUUUUUUUAUUCAUAAAGGUCACUCCUUUUGAACAUUCUGUUCAUUAAAUAAUCCUGAAAAAAAAGUAUCACAGUUUCCAGAAAAAUAUUAAGCAGCACAACAAAGAUAACAUUUUAAAUUGUAUCAUUAUUUAUAAUCAUAAAUCAGCAUAUCAGAAUGAUUUCUGAAGGAUCAUGUGACACUGAAGACUUGAGUAAUGAUGCUAAAAAUACAGC